AUGACUUCAGGUGAGGCAAAGAUUACUGCACAUUUCAGCACAUUCAAUGAGACAGGAUCAGAUAUUUUCAACUGAAACACAGAAAAAAAGUAACUGGAUUUUUUUUUCAUUCCCUGAUUUUCACAGGAGAGAUUCCAAUCUUAUUCAAACUGAUCGUUGUCGAAGGUCUGAAGAUAGACCAAGUAAUAUCAAAAACAUUCACUGUGCCAACAAUAGCCGGGAAGACCCUCUUUCAGUCUAUGUCGUAUUUGGAGCAAGGCCCUGAAAAAUUUACGUAAGUGAUGUAAUGAAACUUCAUUUGUUUACUCUUUUAACUCAAUCAAUAAAUCAGCCAGGUGAACGGAUCUUAGGGUCAGGAUGUUUUUAUUACACUUCCACCCAGAGUAAGUUAAGUCUGUGUUAAGAAAUACAACUUCAGGGAGAGAACCUCAACUUGCAAACACAAAGCAACAAUUUUACAGCCUGCCUAAAUGUUUGUUUCUGCAGUUUCCGGACCAAGAAAACCCCCAACAUUGGCCACUACAUUGUGGAAGCGAGGAACAUGAAGAAUGAACGCCACCAGUUCUGGGAAACUCUUCUGUGCAGCCCCUCAGAGGGCAUCAUGCCUAUCGGUAAGUAAAGAUACACACUUUCUUCUAGGAGGUGCCCCAGCUCUGUUUGUAAUAAUGUGUAGCUUUCAUAUGAAGAUGAACAGGAGGCAAUGGCAGCUUGUCAGAUGAUAAAAUCCAUAGUUAAAGGCACAGUGAGGAGUUGGCAUCUGAUUUGGAAAUAGUCUCACUCAACUAUUCAUGAUUAACACGGCAAAAUGAGAUUUUCAGCACCAAGACUUGAAGUUUAGUGCCUAUGAAAAAGUCCAACUUCAGAACUCAGCUGGUAAAGAUGGACAGUGUUAGCCAAAAGAAGGACUUUUAUUUAGAUGGUUUACUUUAUACAUCAUGUUUUGCACUGACGGCUGGUACUGCAGCAGGAUUAGACUUAAGAUUCUUCAACCAGAGCUUCGCACAGUAAAAGAGCAAAAAUUUCUUGACUCAUAUUUUUUUAAAUCCGUGUCAUGAUGAAAUGUUUGGCACGUUGCGUCUUUUUUACCCCUGUGUUUAUUUCCUUCCCCAGAUCUCGACUACAAGGUUCAAAACGGUGACAUUGUGUACCUGCAGUUCACUCCCAUCCUGCAUAAUUGGUGGGAGUGACCCUGCUGAAUGCAUCCACUUCAAAUUACUCUGUCGCCCUUCUUUCAGUUUCAAUACAAAAUAAACAACAUCUUUUCUGUCCUCUCCAAUGCUGUUUGAAUGAGACAAAACUGGAAUUUGAUGUGCAACAAGAAAAAGAAAUAAAGAAUGAGAAAACCAUUUUCAGUCUUAGUUUUUUUUUUCCUUAUUUAUUGCAUGACUGUGAUCUUCUUUCUCUACCUACCACACAUACAAGCUAUAAGCACAAGCAAUGUUCAUUAAAUACUCACAACUGGUCCUCCUCUUAUGGCUUAUGUGAGUUUUUUUCAUUUCUUUCCUUUUCAGAUUAAUAAGCCCUAAAAACUCAACUAUAGUCCAUUUUUUAAAUAUUGAUUUGAAAAUCCAGAUGUCAUUUUCAGCUGUCAUUUUUAACAUGUACACAGAAUUGAGCUUACGAUUAGCUCCUGAAGACCACAAAAGUCAUUUCAGCUUACAGUACAUCCCUUGAGCUUAUCGCCAUCUCUACCAGCUGACAGCUCAGUUCAUUGACUUACAAGCAUCCAAUUGGCAAAUGUCAAAACAAGAUGAUAAUAAAUGCCUUUUUAUUAGUCUCUUGAAGUCUAUCUUUACAUGAGUGUAUUAGCCGAUAAAUCUACACAAUCCCUUUGUGAAUGUUGCUCUCAGUGCGUCCCUCCAGUACCUCAAUACAACAAAGGAUGGCGUCUAAAACACACAAGCUGCAAGAGUUACAUGGUCAUUUUUGGUGAACUGAUAAUGUAGGCCCUUUACAGCAUGAGUGGAGCAGAAAUACUUGUUAUUCGAUCAGCUGGGUGACAAAGAUCCUCUGGUAUGGUCAAACUUUCAGGUUAUUGGUCAAACUUUUCCUCAGCCCCUGGAAAAUUUAGUGGAUUUUUCUAUGAACAAACGCUUUUGAUUAUAAUCUCAUAAAAACAUGUUUUUGGAAGUGGACUUGAUUUAGACUGGAUAACAAGGGUCAAGAUCAGGAAUUUAAAGUCACCUUGGUCACUGUGGAUAACAGACCUUGCGUAAGAAUGGACUAAUCUCGUAGUUUCUGGUCCUGAUGCAUGGAGCCUGCAGCACUAAAGGUCUACGGAAACAGGAAAGUUUAGCCAGCAACAGGUUUCAGGAAGAGGCCCUGGUAACGAAGAAAAGCCGAGUCCACUAAGGUUACAAAUAAAUGAUCUGUUUUUAAGUCCCUGAUUGCUCCGACUAAACUGUGAUAAACUUGCUGUGAUUGAGGGGAAAAGUACAGUGAGUCACCAGUUUGUGCAUGUUGGGUUCAUGUGUGUGUUCAUGUUGGGUUUUGUAGUAUCAGUGUCAUGAUCAGCCUUGGUUAUGUGUGUGUGCAUGCAUGCCUGUGCAAAAUAUGUAAAAAACAUAAGGUCUGUACAUGUAGUUGUCAAAAUCCUGUGGAUUGCUGACUGAAUAUGUAUAUGACAUCAUUAUUACACUCUUAAAAACAUUGGGUUAAAAACAAACCAAUUUGGGUGAAUUUUAACCAACUGAUUUAGUUGGUUCACUUAACCCAACAAUUGUUGUUAAUAUAACCCAAUUGGGUUGUUCAUAUAACCCAACUAAGGGUUCACAGUAACUACUAUGCUGGGUUCUUUAAACCCAGCAAGUUGGGUUGUUCAGAUUUAAUAUAAUACAAAAUUACAUUAAUGUAUCAGAUUUCAUAUUGCGCUUUAUCAGAGACCAUCAAAGCACUUUACAUUGGAUACAUCAUUCAUUCACUCACACACAGAAACAUGGCUGCCAGUUGCACUUACAGCCUCUCCGACCACCAUCACGCAACACUCACAAUCAUACACCAGUGGAGGACACACACUGGGAGCAAGGUGGGUUAAGUGUCUUGCCCAAGGACACAACAGACGGAUAGGAGGGACUCAAACUGCAAACCAAAUUGGGUACUCAGAAUACUCAACUCCAUGAAAAUAACCCAAAUAAAUUGACCAAAAGGCUCAAGCUAGUGGUUGGGUUGAAAAAAUAAAGAACAAAGACAAGCAUUUAAAAGCUCUCACAAAAGUUGCCAACAGUUGGUUUCCAUUGAAGUGGGUUGACCUUUGUGAAGUUGGCUUUGCGUGUUUUUCCAGUUCACAGUCUCAGCACAGAAGAUAGAAGCCAAUAAUAAAAAAUAAAAAAAAUGUCAUGCUUGAUUUGCAGCACAGAGUCAUAAUGAUAGUUCAGAUGACACUUCAGAUGUCUGGGUCAGCAAAUGAGGUGUUAUGUCCUGCUAUAUUUCUUAUUGUGCUUUAUCAGAGACCCUAAAAGCAAUUUACAUUGGAUACAUCAUUCAUUCACUCACACAGUCACACCUUAGUAAACUAAUUUAGUAGUCACAGUUGCCCUGGGGCAGACUGACGGAAAUGUAGCUGGGAGUUUGCGCCUGUGGCAGCUCCGAGCACCACCACACAACUCUUACAGUCAUACACCAGGAAGACACACACUGGGAGCAAGGUGGGUUAAGUGUCUUGCCCAAGGACACAACAGACAGACUCAGGAUAGGGGGGAAUCAAACUACAAGCAAAAUUGGGGACUCAGAAUACCCAAAUCCAUGAAAAUAACCAAACUAAAUUGACCAAAAGGCUCAAGCUAGUGGUUGGGUUGAAAAAACAACCCAGCCUUUUUUGUGUGUGUGAGAAACCAAUUACAGAAAAAUGUGCUAAUCUUGAAGUUGCCAACUGUUGGUUUCCAUUGAAGUGGUUUGACCUUUGUGAAGUUGGCUUUGGGUGUUUUUUCAGUUCACAGUCUUGGCACAGUUCACCUUUUACUGCAGGAUGUUAGGACAUGUUAACAUGAAGAUAGAAGCCAAAAAAAAAAAAAAUAAAUAAAUAAUAAUAAUAAUAAUAAUAAUAAUAAUAAUAAUAAUAAUAAUAAUAAUAAUAAAACGUCAUGCUUGAUUUGCAGCACAUGAUUGAAAGAUACAUCAUGAGAUGCAACUGGGACACAUCAUCAGUGAUGUACCGGAGUUCAUCGGGCGUUUUGGGUCUUACAACAUCAUACGUCCUCCCUCAGAUGACCCAGCCUAGGGUUGAUCAGACCCUGGCUUGUGUCCCAGUAGCAAUGGCCCACAGUUCGCUCCUCCUGAUCCACAGCCACCUGGAGGCUCUCACUGCCGCCUCCAUGGUGGACUUGAUGGCUGACCUUUUUGCAGCCCCGGUGAUGCCAAGUAGCGAAUAAACCUUGCACAAUGAGCGGCCAGCAAAGCCCCUAUACCCCACUUCAAUGGGUUCGCACCGUGCCUUCCACCCUCCUCUUUGGCAUUGCUCGACCAGCUCCUGGUACUUUGACCGCUUCCGCUCGUUUGCCUCCUCUACGCGGUCCUCCCAGGGAACUGUCAGUUCUAACAAGAGCACCUGCCUUGCAGAGACUGACGAUAGCACGAUGUCUGGCCUUAGGGAAGUUGUCGUGAUUUGGUCUGGAAACUUGAGCUGCUUGCCAAGGUCAACUCUGAGAUCCCAGUCCAUCGCUGAGGUGAGAAGGCCAGCUGCUGGUUUGGGCUGUGACUGAGGCUGCUCUCCAGCCUUGACAAAGGCGAUGUUCCUGUUGCCAGGUUGUUGCUUGCGGCUGUUGUUUUUGGCCACGGCUUUGGAGAUGGUUUCAGCAACAGACUUCAGCACCUGGUCGUGCCGCCAGCGGUAACAACCCUCCCCAAGGGCUUUCGAACAGCUGUUUAGGAUGUGCUCCAGAGAGCCUUUCCUGGAGCACAGGGCACAGGCUGGAGAGUCACCCAGACCCCAGAGAUGGAUAAGAGUCAUAAUGAUAGUUCAGAUGACAUUUCAGAUGUCUGGGUCAGCAAAUGAAGUGUUAUGUCCUGCUAAGAUUGGUCAGAUUGGUCUUGAGGUAAAAUAGUGUCUACACUCUCUGCCCUAUCAGAGAAUUUUGAUCAGAAGUUCAUCUUUAGACUGGAGUCUCUCAUUGGUUAAAUUUUGAGUUAAAGAUGUUCUUAGAAGUUAAGCUGCAGAGCUGGCUGCUGUACUACACAACCUGUCUUACAACUGGGACAUAAUUUCCGUGUAAUUUAUUAUGUCAAACAUGUAAGACUAUAUCUAAAUUUCUUUAUUUUCAUAAAUACAAACAAUCAAACUGUCUAGCAGCUGAAAUCCUUCAUCAGAAAAGAAAGAAACAACGUGUUUAGGAAUCCCAAAACUGUCCUCCUUUGUUCCCAAACAUUCACCACAUUGUUUAAGGAAGAGGAACUCUGACCUCCCUAAGCCAAAAAACUCAACUAUAGUCCAUUUUUUAAAUAUUGAUUUGAAAAUCCAGAUGUUAUUUUUACCUGUCAUUUUCAACAUGUACACAGAAUUGAGCUCAAGAAAUCUACACAAUCCCUUUGUGAAUGUUGCUACCAACUGUGUUCCUCCAGUACCUCAAUACACCACAGGGUGGCUUUUAAAAUACACAAGCUGCAAGAGUUACAUGGUGUUUUUUGAUGAACUGCUAAUGUAGGCACUUUACAGCAUGAGUGGAGCAGAAAUAUUUCCAAUGUGCUCAUUUUUCUUGUACUUGCUGGAGCAUUUGCAUUGCAAAAAGAUCCUCUGGUAUGGUCAAACGUUCAGGUUAUUGGUCAAACUUUUCCUCAGCCCCUGGAAAAUUUAGUGAAUUUUUCUAUGAACAAAAGCUUUUGAUUAUAAUCUCAUAAAAACAUGUUUUUGGAAGUGGACCUGAUGUAGACUGGAUAACAAGUGUCAAAAUCAGGAAUUUAAAGUCACCUUGAUCACUGUGGAUAACAGACCUUGCGUAAGAAUGGACUAAUCAAGGACAAGGACACAACAGACGGAUAGGGGGGAAUCAAACUGCAAACCAAAUUGGGUACUCAGAAUACUCAACUCCAUGAAAAUAACGCAAAUAAAUUGACCAAAAGGCUCAAGCUAGUGGUUGGGUUGAAAAAACAACCUAGCCUUUUUUGUGUGUGUGAGAAACCAACUACAGAAAAAUGUGCUAACCUUUAAAAGAACUAUAGUUACCACGUCAAACACACCCUUUUUUGGGAAGAACAAAGACAAGCAUUUAAAAGCUCUUACGAAAGUUGCUAACAGUUGGUUUCCAUUGAAGUGGGUUGACCUCUGUAAAGUUGGCUUUGCGUGUUUUUCCAGUUCACAGUCUCGGCACAGAAGAUAGAAGCCAAUAAUAAAAAAUAAAAAAAACGUCAUGCUUGAUUUGCAGCAUAGAGUCAUAAUGAUAGUUCAGAUGACACUUCAGAUGUCUGGGUCAGCAAAUGAAGUGUUAUGUCCUGCUAAGAUUGGUCAGAUUGGUCUCGAGGCAUGUAAAAUAGUGUCUACACUCUCUGCCUUGUCAGAGAAUUUUGAUCAGAAUCUCAUCUUUAGUCUGGAGUCUCUCAUUGGUUAAAUCUUGAGUUAAAGAUGUUCUUAGGUUGUGUAGUACAGCAGCCAGCUCUGCAGCUUAACUUCUGUCUAACAACUGGGACAUAAUUUCCGUGUAAUUUAUUAUGUCAAACAUGUAAGACUAUAUCUAAAUUUCUUUAUUUUCAUAAACACAACCUCAACUCCAAAAUAUGUUGUGAUGCUGUUUUAGAAUGUUCAAUGUUUUUGCAUAAAAAUGCAAUCCCAGCUUGGCACCCACUGAAAACAAUCAAACUGUCUAGCAGCUGAAAUCCUUCAUCAGAAAAGAAAGAGACAACGUGUUUAGGACUCCCAAAACUGUCCUCCUCUGUUCCCAAACAUUCACCACAUUGUUUAAGGAAGAGGAAACAACAAUGGCAGACAUACCCCUGUCCCAACUUCUUCAAAACCUGCAGUGGGCAUCAAAUUUUAAAUACACAUUUUUCAGAAGACAGUAAAUUUUUCUGUUUUUAAUGCUCACAUGUAGUUUAAUCGAAUGAAAGUUUAAGCAUUAGAAUCUAUUUGAUUCAACAUUUUACUCAUUGCAACACAACAUUUCAAAAAUUGUGGUUGUAUCAGGCCAAUACCAUAAUUAUCACAUGAUGAGGUGUAACUUAAUAGUAUUCAUUGGAAAAACAACGGCUGUCAACAGCUCAUUAACCCUUCAAAUUUUCUCAAGGAAAAAUAAGCAACUAACCUGUUCUUUUCCUCAGAAGUACGAGUCACGUCUACUAUAAAAGGGAGUGAGAGACAGCAGGGAUAUGUUCCAAUUCUGAUCUCCUUCUGCACCACACAAAGACGCAGUCACUACGAGAAGACAACAAUGACUUCAGGUGAGGCAAAGAUUACUGCACAUUUCAGCACAUUCAAUGAGACAGGAUCAGAUAUUUUUAACUGAAACACAGAAAAAAAGGAACUGGAUUUUUUUUUUAAUUCCCUGAUUUUCACAGGAGAGAUUCCUAUCUCAUUCAAACUGAUCGUUGUCGAAGGUCUGAAGAAUUCCCAACUAAUAUCAAAAACAUUCACUGUGCCAACAAUAGCCGGGAAGACCCUCUUUCAGUCUAUGUCGUAUUUGGAGCAAGGCCCUGAAAAAUUUACGUAAGUGAUGUAAUGAAACUUCAUUUGUUUACUCUUUUAACUCAAUCAAUAAAUCAGCCAGGUGAACGGAUCUUCGGGUCAGGCUGUUUUUAUUACACUUCCACCCAGAGUAAGUUAAGUCUGUGUUAAGAAAUACAACUUCAUGGAGAGAACCUCAACUUGCAAACACAAAGCAACAAUUUUACAGCCUGCCUAAAUGUUUGUUUCUGCAGUUUCCGGACCAAGAAAACCCCCAACAUUGGCCACUACAUUGUGGAAGCGAGGAACAUGAAGAAUGAACGCCACCAGUUCUGGGAAACUCUUCUGUGCAGCCCCUCAGAGGGCAUCAUGCCUAUCGGUAAGUAAAGAUACACACUUUCUUCUAGGAGGUGCCCCAGCUCUGUUUGUAAUAAUGUGUAGCUUUCAUAUGAAGAUGAACAGGAGGCAAUGGCAUCUUGUCAGAUGAUAAAAUCCAUAGUUAAAGGCACAGUGAGGAGUUGGCAUCUGAUUUGGAAAAAAUUUCACUCAACUUUUCAUGAUUAACACGGCAAAAUGAGAUUUUCAGCACCAAGACUUGAAGUUUAGUGCCUAUGAAAAAGUCCACCUUCAGAACUCAGCUGGUAAAGAUGGACAGUGUUAGCCAAAAGAAGGACAUUUAUUUAGAUGGUUUACUUUCUACAUCAUGUUUUGCACUGACGGCUGGUACUGCAGCAGGAUUAGACUUCAGAUUCUACAACCAGAGCUUCGCACAGUAAAAGAGCAAAAAUUUCUACACUCAUAUUUUUUUUAAAUCCGUGUCAUGAUGAAAUGUUUGGCAAGUUGCGUCUUUUUUACCCCUGUGUUUAUUUCCUUCCCCAGAUCUCGAGUACAAGGUUAAAAGCGGUGACAUUGUGUACCUGCAGUUCACUCCCAUCCUGCAUAAUUGGUGGGAGUGACCCUGCUGAAUGCAUCCUCUUCAAAUUACUCUGUCGCACUUCUUUCAGUUUCAAUACAAAAUAAACAACAUCUUUUCUGUCCUCUCCAAUGCUGUUUGAAUGAGACAAAACUGGAAUUUGAGGUGCAACAAGAAAAAGAAAUAAAGAAUGAGAAAACCAUUUUCAGUCUCUGUUUUUUUUCCUUAUUUAUUGCAUGACUGUGUUCUUUCUUCUCUACCUCCUUUUUUUCCUUUGUUUGAUUCCAAUGUAUAGCCAAUCAGGUCCAAGCCCUUCACCUCUCAGCCUGCAAAGAUAUCCUCUCAAACAGCAUCCUAAGAUCAGCGACUUGACUCUUUUUUUCUACAUCUCAAUUGUCUGUGACUCCAGCUUCCUUUCCAAGUUACUGAAUUAUAGACCAACUGAAUCAUGAAAGUAACUCAGACCCUUGAAACUGCAACUUGUGCUUCACUUUUUUCUUUAGUAGCCUGCACUUCUUAGAUAAUCUAUGGUACAUUGUGAUGACCCUGGACCAGUUCAGUCCAGCUGUUAGGUACAUUAUGAAGGCCUACCUCACAGCUGGACUGGUCUGUUGCUCUGUACAGGCAGCAAAUCUACUGGUUGAUACAGCAAGUCUUCAACAGCAUACGGAGUGCUCAUGUAGUAUGCUGCCUCAGGGUAAUAAUGAAGUCUUACACAGAUUCAGUCAGCAAUUCAUAGGAUGAUGACUACUGCAUGUACACACUUUACAUACAUGUAUACUUAAUACAGACACACACACACAUAUAAUCACGUGUGUGCCACACACAAAUCUAAUAUGCACACACUGGUGAGUCACUGUACUUUUCUAGCGAAUUUUGAAAGUGAGUUUCUAUUGAAGUGAGUUGACCUUUGUGAAGUUGGCUUUGGGUGUGUUUCCAGUUCAUUGUCUUGGCAAAGUUGUCCUCGUGCAGCAGGGUGUUAGGACAUGUUAUCAUGAAGAUAGAAGCCAAUAAUGAAAAAAAACAAAUUCACGUUUGAGUUCUUACACAGAGUCAUAAUGAUAGUUCAGAUGACACUUCAGAUGUCUGGGUCAGCAAAUGAGGUGUUAUGUCCUGCUAAGAUUGGUCAGUUAAGUCUUGAGGUAAAAUACCACACAUACAAGCUAUAAGCACAAGCAAUGUUCAUAAAAUGCUCACAAUUGGUCCUCCUCUUAUGGCUUAUGUGAGUUUUUUUUCAUUUCUCUCCUUUUCUGAUUAAUAAGCCUAAAAACUCAACUAUAGUCCAUUUUUAAAUAUUGAUUUGAAAAUCCAGAUGUCAUUUUCAGCUGUCAUUUUAAACAUGUACACAGAAUUGAGCUUACGAUUAGCUCCUGAAGACCACAGAAGUCAUUUCAGCUUACAGUACAUCCCUUGAGUUUAUCGCCAUCUCUACCAGCUGACAGCUCAGUUCACUGACUUACAAGCAUCCAAUUGGCAAAUGUCAAAACAAGAUGAUAAUAAAUGCCUUUUUAUUAGUCUCUUGAAGUCUACCUUUACACAAGUGUUGCAUUUAAGAAAUCUACACAAUCCCUUUGUGAAUGUUGCUACCAAUUGUGUUCCUCCAGUACCUUAAUACACCACAGGGUGGCUCCUAAGAUACACAAGCUGCAAGAGUUACAUGGUCAUUUUUGGUGAACUGAUAAUGUAGGCACUUUACAGCAUGAGUGGAGCAGAAAUGUUUCCAAUGUGCUCAUUUUUAUUGUACUUGCUGGAGCAUUUUCACUGCAAAAAGCUCCUCUGGUAUGGUCGAACUUUCAGGUUAUUGGUCAAACUUUUCCUCAGCCCCUGGAAAAUUUAGUGGAUUUUUCCAUGAACAAAAGCUUUUGAUUAUAAUCUCAUAAAAACAUGUUUUUGGAAGUGGACUUGAUUUAGACGGAAUAACAAGGGUCAAAAUCAGGGAUCUAAGUUAGCUUGGUCACUGUGGAUAACUUAAUCUGAAAUAGACAUUUCUAUAAAAAGGUGCAACAACAGAUGCACAGACACGUAUUUGCUAACUUGAAUGAACAUAUUCCAAAUGGUUCCUUGUUUUUUUUGUUCGUUAGUUUGUUUGAGCUUUUUCUUGAAAGUAUCAGAAAUUUUUCAAAAGGCUCAUCUUUUCCUGUUUGAUUUCAAUGUAGGGCUGCAUGAUAUUGGAAAAAAAAAACUAACAUUGCAGUUCUUUUGAAGCCCUGCAAUAUAUUUUGGGAUAUUUAAAAUACAAAAACUUUCACCAGAAGACCUGAAAAGCAUUUUAUGCUAUGCUGCACUGCUGAAAUCUUGUGGACAAUUAACCUGUACUGAUCUUACCUCUUUUUGUGAAUGUUAGUGGAAUGGCUUCUGUCCGUCUCAGACAUAUCUUUAUUUUGCUUUUAUUGUGCUGGGACGUUAUUGUGGCAACAGAUGAAAAGCACUGCCGACAGAACACAUUUUGAGUCGACAUCAUCCUUCUUGUGACUGAAAUUAUUCCAGAUAACUGACGUUGCUUUUCUUUUCGGCAAAAAGUCUUCAGUUUUGGUGGCUUUCUCUUGUUCAUGCGUUGUUGUUGUUACCGGUGUUGUGCCGAGAAACGCAUGCCCACCGAAAAUUGUAUGCACCUCGCAAAAACACACACUGCUUAUAGUAGAGUGGUCCACGGAAAUGUACAAUAUAAUUCCCAUACAAUUCUAAUUUGUGGGGCUAAACACUAAUGAGUGAUGUUCCGAAAGUAAUUCUCGGCGGGCAUACAUUUCUCGGCACAACACCGGCAGUGCCAGCGACCCACUCCCAUAGACUGUAUGCUCACUCCAUGUGCAGGCCAUGUGCAGGGGCGUGGUUUCCUCCGCUCAGAUUUUGAUUGACAGCUUUCAGAGUAGUCUAAUUGGCAACUGAGUAAGGAUCAAAUGUGAUUGAUGGAUUGCUGCACAGCACAUGCAAAGACACAUGCAAAGACACAUGCAGUGUAUCUCAGUCAGCUACCCUUGAAAUUAGAUGAGUUCAUUCGCCUCCUAUAUGGCAGGCUCUGCAAUGUGACUAUCGCACGCACGUACAUUGCGAUGACGAUGCUCAAACAAUAUAUCAGGCAGCCCUGUUUCAAUGUAUAGCCAAUCAGGUCCAAGCCCUUUACCUCUCAGCCUGCAAAGAUGUCCUCUCGAACAGCCUCCUAAGUUCAGUGACUUUACUGACUCUUUUUUUUUCUUCAUCUUAAUUGUCUGUGACUCUAGCCUCCUUUCAAAAGUCACAGAAUUACAGAGUAGCUGAAUCUACUCUAAGUUGCUAACAGACAAACAAACUCACAAACAAACAAACCAACGCUUCUGAAAACAUAACCUCCUUGGCGGAGGUAAUAAAAGGAUUGACAUUAAUGUUCUUCAGUUUCUCAAUCAGUAGAUGUGGCUGUAGUGUACAGGUGUUAUAAUUGAGUUCUUCCAGAGGGUGGGGACAAUGUGUUGAUCGACAGAUUUCUGAAAGAUGCGACAGAAGGCAGGAGUCAGCUCCUUUGCACAGAUUUUAAGAAGAAAUGCCGUCUGGCCCUGUGGCUUUUUUAGCGCAGCUGUGUUUAAAAAGUGACUGGACUUCAUCAGGGUCGAUAAACACGUCCUGGUCACUAACACAUAUGGAUUUUAAAACACUGUCACUUUCAAAAGAGAAGUCACAACUUUCAAAUCUCAUGAAAAAGUUGUUCAGUUCAUUUAAUUUUUGCAGUGCUAAUACCCUUUUUGGCUGGAGUCAUAUUAGAUCUGACUUUCAUAGUGUCCCACAGCUUCUUGGUGUUUGUAGCAUGACAGUUUUGUUCAAUGAUUUCCCUAUGUCUGUUCCUCGCUUCCCUGAGCUUGCAGUUGAGUUCUUUUAGUACAGUUUUCAGUUGCGCUCGGUCUUGUUUUUAAAAAGCCAUCUUUUUAUGGUUAAUACACUCUUUAAUCUCUUUGCUUAUGUAGAUUUGGUUGUUUGGGUACACAGUUAUUUCUUUAUGAGGUAUGACAUUGUCCACACAGAACUGAAUAUAUUCUGUAACAGUCUCAGUGUUACGCCCCACCUGAAGGCGGCCCUAUGGGGCUAACAACUGUCCUCAUCUUUUGACCCAUUAAAUUAACAAAACACCUUCAAAAGUGUAACGAGUGAUUUAUUGUGACUAAAUAACAAAAUUACAAACUAAACACGAAGAACCCACAACACCAAUGAGAGGCAGCAGGGCAGCAGUUCCCCACCAAGUGCCUCUCCAGACUGCAGGCAGCUCUCAGUCUUAAAGGCCCAGCACCAGGUGAGUCUGAUUAGCACUCAGUGAUUUCACCUGGGCAGCUAUGGAGAGACAAAAGGGGAAAACACACACACACAAAACAAACACACAGCCGUAACACUCAGCAGCAUCAUUCACAUCCAUCUCAUGAAAGAUGCUCCACUCAGCUGACAGAAAGCAUCCUUUGAGAGCUUCAAUGCCGUCACUGGUCCAGUUUUUGACAGUUUUGGUUUGUGGUUUGCUGCGUUUGAGAGCUGUUCUGUAAGUGGGUAUGAGAUGCACCGUGUUGUGAUCUGAAUUUGAAAAUGGAGGUUUGGCCUUGCCCACGUAUGCAUAGUUUACAUUGCCAUAGCUUUUGUCCAGUGUUUUAUCCUCCCGUGUACCACAUUUGAUGUACUGUUGGAAACCUGGAGGUGCUAACUCCAGUUUACAAUGGUUAAAAUCUCCUAGAAUAAAAACAGGUGUCUCUGGAGUGCAGAGGAUGAUGCACCCAAACUCACUGGGUACAUUCAUCGGUCUCAGGCUAAAACACAUAAGUUCUACAUCAGAGUUACACAGGGUCUUGUGGAGUAUGUACUAUAUAAUAAUAUCAAGUUGUCUAUAUGGUAACGCAAUAGUGGGAAUGUGACAAACCUUGCUUUGUAUGUGUCUUCGCUUCAGCAGUUGUGGCAUCAAUCUGGUGAGUGGGUGGUGCUUGGUUUCAAAUGCCUGAACGUCCACCCAAUGUGUUGGGUAGUCCACCAUCAACCAACAAAACUGUAUAGAAAUACAACCCAACAGCUAAUAACUCUGUUCCCGACAUAAAUAACCUUGUGAACUGGGUACUCAAAAUACCCAACUCCAUGAAAAUAACCCAAAUAAAUUGACUAACGGGCUCAACCUAGUGGUUGGGUUGAAAAAAAAAAAAAAAACAGAUAAUUUUUUGUGUGUGUAAGCAGUCUGCUGGUUUGACAGAGAAUCAGGUGGAUGGUUGUGACCAACACAAGCUUGGAAGCUGAGUUUGUUGGAGACAGGGAGCUUCUUAUUCCGGGACCUGAACCGUAACAGACCUUGCGUAAGAAUGGACUAAUCUCGUAGUUUCUGGUCCUGAUGCAUGGAGCCUGCAGCACAAAAGGUCUACGGACACAGGAAAGUUUAGCCAGCAACAGGUUUCAGGAAGAGACCCUGGUAACGAAGAAAAGCCGAGUCCACUAAGGUUACAAAUAAAUGAUCUGUUUUUAAGUCCCUGAUUGCUCCGACUAAACUGUGAUAAACUUGCUGUGAUUGAGGGGAAAAGUACAGUGAGUCACCAGUUUGUGCAUGUUGGGUUCAUGUGUGUGUUUUGUAGUAUCAGUGUCAGAAUCAGCCUUGGUUAUGUGUGUGUGCAUGCAUGCCUGUGCAUAAUAUGCAAAAUAUGCAAAAAAAACAUAAGGUUUGUACAUGUAGUUGUCAAAAUACAGUGGAUUGCUGACUGAAUAUGUAUAUGACAUCAUUAUUACACUCUUAAAAACAUUGGGUUAAAAACGAACCAAUUUGGGUCGUUUCCAACCCCGCGGUGGUUAAAUAUUGGACAGGACACAUGCUGGGUGAAUUUUAACCAACUGAUUUAGUUGGUUCACUUAACCCAACAAUUGUUGUUAAUAUAACCCAAUUGGGUUGUUCAUAUAACCCAACUAAGGGUUCACAGUAACUAUUAUGCUGGGUUCUUUAAACCCAGCAAGUUGGGUUGUUCAUAUUUAAUAUGAUACAAAAUUACAUUAAUGUAUCAGAUUUCAUAUUGCGCUUUAUCAGAGACCAUCAAAGCACUUUACAUUGGAUACAUCAUUCAUUCACUCACACACAGAAACAUGGCUGCCAGUUUGCACUUACAGCCUCUCCGACCACCAUCACACAACACUCACAAUCAUACACCAGUGGAGGACACACACCGGGAGCAAGGUGGGUUAAGUGUCUUGCCCAAGGACAUGUAGCAAUCAAGACAACCCUGGGUGUGAAACUCACACAUUCCUCACAGGAAAGUUUCCUUAUCUGGUCCCAGGACACAAGAUAUAAAUCUUUCCAGACUUGUUUACACUUUCAAGUGUCUUGCCCAAGGACACAACAGACAGACUCAGGAUAGGGGGGAAUCAAACUACAAGCAAAAUUGGGUACUCAGAAUACCCAAAUCCAUGAAAAUAACCAAACUAUAUCGACCAAAAGGCUCAAGCUAGUGGUUGGGUUGAAAAAACAACCCAGCCUUUUUUGUGUGUGUGAGAAACCAAUUACAGAAAAAUGUGCUAAUCUUGAAGUUGCCAACUGUUGGUUUCCAUUGAAGUGGUUUGACCUUUGUAAAGUUGGCUUUGGGUGUUUUUUCAGUUCACAGUCUUGGCACAGUUCACCUUUUACUGCAGGAUAUUAGGACGUGUUAACACGAAGAUAGAAGCCAAAAAUAAUAAAACAAUAAUAAUAAUAAUAAUAAGAUUAAUAAUAAUAAUAAUAAUAAAAAAACGUCAUUCUUGAUUUGCAGCACAGAGUCAUAAUGAUAGUUCAGAUGACAUUUCAGAUGUCUGGGUCAGCAAAUGAGGUGUUAUGUCCUGCUAAGAUUGGUCAGUUAAGUCUUGAGGUAAAAUAGUGUCUACACUCUCUGCCCUGUCAGAGAAUUUUGAUCAGAAGUUCAUCUUUAGACUGGAGACUCUCAUUGGUUAAAUCUUGAGUUACAGAUGUUCUAAGGUUGUGUAGUACAGCAGCCAGCUCUGCAGCUUAACUUCUGUAUUACAACUGGGACAUAAUUUCCGUGUAAUUUAUUAUGUCAAACAUGUAAGACUAUAUCUAAAUUUCUUUAUUUUCAUAAAUACAAACAAUCAAACUGUCUAGCAGCUGAAAUCCUUCAUCAGAAAAGAAAGACACAACGUGUUUAGGACUCCCAAAACUGUCCUCCUCUGUUCCCAAACAUUCACCACAUUGUUUAAGGAAGAGGAAACAACAAUGGCAGACAUACCCCUGUCCCAACUUCUUCGAAACCUGCAGUGGGCAUCAAAUUUGAAAUACCCAUUUUUUAGAAGACAGUAAAUUUUUCUGUUUCUAAUGCUCACAUGUAGUUUAAUCGAAUGAGAGUUUAAGCAUUAGAAUCUAUUUGAUUCAACAUUUUACUCAGCACAAAACAACAUCUCAAAAAUUGUGGUUUUAUCAGGCCAAUACCAUAAUUAUCACAUGAUGAGGUGUAACUUAAUAGUAUUCAUUGGAAAAACAACGGCUGUCAACAGCUCAUUAACCCUUCAAAUUUUCUCAGGGAAAAAUAAGCAACUAACCUGUUCUUUUCCUCAGAAGUAUGAGUCACGUUUACUAUAAAAGGGAGUGAGAGACAGCAGCGAUAUGUUCCAACUCUGACCUCCCUAAGCCAAAAAACUCAACUAUAGUCCAUUUUUUAAAUAUUGAUUUGAAAAUCCAGAGGUCUGUACAUGUAGUUGUCAAAAUCCUGUGGAUUGCUGACUGAAUAUGUAUCUGACAUCAUUAUUACACUCUUAAAAACAUUGGGUUAAAAACGAACCAAUUUGGGUCGUUUCCAACCCCGCAGUGGUUAAAUAUUGGACAGGACACAUGCUGGGUGAAUUUUAACCAACUGAUUUAGUUGGUUCACUUAACCCAACAAUUGUUGUUAAUAUAACCCAAUUGGGUUGUUCACAUAACCCAACUAAGGGUUCACAAUAACUACUAUGCUGGGUUCUUUAAACCCAGCAAGUUGGGUUGUUCAUAUUUAAUAUAAUACAAAAUUACAUUAAUGUAUCAGAUUUCAUAUUGCCCUUUAUCAGAGACCCUCAAAGCACUUUACAUUGGAUACAUCAUUCAUUCACUCACACACAGAAACAUGGCUGCCAGUUUGCACUUACAGCCUCUCCGACCACCAUCACACAACACUCACAAUCAUACACCAGUGGAGGACACACACUGGGAGCAAGGUGGGUUAAGUGUCUUGCCCAAGGACAUGUAGCAAUCAAGACAACCCUGGGUGUGAAACUCACACAUUCCUCACAGGAAAGUUUCCUUAUCUGGUCCCAGGACACAAGAUAUAAAUCUUUCCAGACUUGUUUACACUUUCAGGUUGCCUAAGUGACCCAACCAGAGGUUGACCAAACUACUGACUCUUCACGAUUGGUCAAUUCAGAGAACAGAGACAGAGUUUUUAUUACCUUUUAAACUGACUCCAUUACUGACCAUCUAAAUAAACAUUAACGUCUCAAGCCAGAUUUCCCAUUUGAGAUUUACCAUCUUAAAGUGUGUGAACAUACGAACCCCAGGAUAAGGGGGGACACUGACCUCCAGACCUCGGUCGUAAAACCCUGCUUGACCAUGCACUGAUAAAGACUGCAUUCCUUUGGUGAAAGAAUACAAAUGACUGAUCCUGACAUCUUAUGCAUUCAGCAAUGUACUAAUCUGACUAAUCAUGAAAUUUGUGUUAAAAUGAGAUGUUUCCCGUUUUUCUAUGUGCUCCAGAAGCCGAGUUAUCACUGAUAGAAUAAAUCCUUUAUUCUUUAGUUUCUUUAGACCAACAGCUUUUCAGACUGUUUCAUGAACUUUUAAGAGUUAAAUUUAUUGACUAUGAAUCAUAACUUAACUCUAAGUAACAGAAAUAGUUUAGAAAUGUUUGGUUUAUAUUGUAAAUGUUUAUUUAGUAUUUUUAACCAUUAGGUGGUUAUAAUGUCAUUGAAUAACCUGAAUGUGAGUAUUUAGAAUCCAUUAUUAAUCAUGAUGACGUUUAUUCACGUUUACUCUUUUGUUGUUCACAGUUUCCAUGUGUUACUAUCUGUUUCAUUUCAGAGUAAUUUAGCAUGUUCAAUGUGAUACUUGAAACAUAAUGAGAUUGUUUGAUGUGAUCCUACACUUCAUUCAUAUGUAUUUAGUAUCAAAUUGUUUAUCAUGAAACCUAGCAUUCAAUGAUAUUAAUCAUAGUGAGUGAGUAUCAGAUCUGACUCUUUUGCCAGCCAAAAGAAUAAGUUAGAUCAAAUAAUCAAAGACCACACGACCCCUCCUCUGUCUCACACACACACGCCAGAGACACUCCUAGUGUGAGAAGAUAAAACCAGUGAAGUGGGGUUGCUCACUCUCUUGUGUGCUGAUUCUUCUCCCCUUUUUCUCUUCUGCCCACACCCUUCUGUGGUGCAUUUCUUUGUUUUCUCUUAGAACUUUUUCUUAGUCUUCUAAGUUUUACGCCACGUGUUGAUUCACGUUGAUUUUCUUUAACAUUGUCUUAGUUCAAGUUUUGAAACUUCAACUUUUUGUGCGCAUAGCAAUUCAAGAUUAAGCCUUUGAUUGAUUUUUCUUUAAUUUCGCGAAGCCAUUUUUGAAAGUUUUCUCUGCUCGCGUCUCGUUUUUCUGAGUUUUCUGCGUGGUCUCAAAGUCACCUCUGAACGCAACCCAGCAGGCCCAGGUCAUCCUCUGUGCCAGAGUUUUUGAGUGAGACCAAAGAAGUACCCAAACGAGCAUCCACAGUAUCCACAGGCGCUGGCUUUGCUUCAUGCCCGAGUGCUGCAACUCCUGGCUCAUCCUUCGGCUGACUUCAGUCAUCUUCUGAGCUGAACCGCUCGAACCGCCAGUAGCCCCGGACCUUCGGAACCUGCUCCAUCUUCUCCAAGGACCAGUCUCACUUCAGUAUGCAAACCUCCAGAGGCUGAUGCUGUCUCAUGCGUUCAUAACUCAGAUAUCCACCUAUUUCUGGUGAGCUUAGAUUCCUCCAAAUCCACAUCCGAGUUUAUCUCGACACCAAAGUUAGUGUAGAUUAAUAUGUUAGCGCAUAUUCACUCACUAUCAUUAACUUUAGUGCUCCUAGCCUGACUCAGAAUCUUUAUUUAUUCACCUAUUAUUAUUUAUCUUCAUUAUCUUAUCAUCAUUUAUUGCAUGUGUGUUGUACCAUCAUUUAUCCUGUAAUAAACAGAUCAUUAUUUUUCUAAGUUACUGUCUGUUAGUGUUCUUCCAGAAGUGGAGUCCCUGAAAUUAGAAUUUCGACUUAAGAUAUGAGACUGAUUAAUUAAAACUGACUUGAUGUUUGAUUUCUGAAUUAAACUUUUGUUUUCUUUAUUUUCCCACCAUUGAGGGUGGGUGGUGCCCCUUUCAACGAGUGCAUAAAUGUCAUAAUUUGAGAUUAUUAAUCUUCAGACAUUUAUUAUAAAUUCCAAUCGCUACAGUAUUGUUUUGGUGCAGCCUUGUGAGGCUCAUUUCAAAUCGCUACAUAUAUUUUGGUGCGACCGUGUGAGGCUCAUUUCAACCGCUACAGACACAACAGACAGACUCAGGAUAGGGGGGAAUCAAACUACAAGCAAAAUUGGGUACUCAGAAUACCCAAAUCCAUGAAAAUAACCCAAAUAAAUCGACCAAAAGGCUCAGGCUAGUGGUUGGGUUGAAAAAACAACCCAGCCUUUUUUGUGUGUGUGAGAAACCAAUUACAGAAAAAUGUGCUAACCUUUAAAAGAACUCUAGUUAUCAAGUUAAACACACCCUUUUUUGGGAAGAACAAAGACAAGUAUUUAAAAGCUCUCACGAAAGUUGCUAACAGUUGGUUUCCAUUGAAGUGGGUUGACCUUUGUGAAGAUGGCUUUGCGUGUUUUUCCAGUUCACAGUCUCGGCACAGAAGUUAGAAGCCAAUAAUAAAAAAUAAAAAAAACGUCAUGCUUGAUUUGCAGCACAGAGUCAUAAUGAUAGUUCAGAUGACAUUUCAAAUGUCUGGGUCAGCAAAUGAGGUGUUAUGUCCUGCUAAGAUUGGUCAGUUAAGUCUUGAGGUAAAAUAGUGUCUACACUCUCUGCCUUGUCAGAGAAUUUUGAUCAGAAGUUCAUCUUUAGACUGGAGUCUCUCAUUGGUUAAAUCUUGAGUUAAAGAUGUUCUUAGGUUGUGUAGUACAGCAGCCAGCUCUGCAGCUUAACUUCUGUCUAACAACUGGGACAUCAUUUCCGUGUAAUUUAUUAUGUCAAACAUGUAAGACUAUAUCUGAAUUUCUUUAUUUUCAUAAACAAAACCUCAACUCCAAAAUAUGUUGUGAUGCUGUUUUAGAAUGUUCAAUGCUUUUGCAUAAGAAUGCAAUCCCAGCUUGGCACCCACUGAAAACAAUCAAACUGUCUAGCAGCUGAAAUCCUUCAUCAGAAAAGAAAGAGACAACGUGUUUAGGACUCCCAAAACUGUCCUCCUCUGUUUCCAAACAUUCACCACAUUGUUUAAGGAAGAGGAAACAACAAUGGCAGACAUACCCCUGUCCCAACUUCUUCAAAACCUGCAGUGGGCAUCAAAUUUAAAAUACACAUUUUUCAGAAGACAGUAAAUUUUUCUGUUUUUAAUGCUCACAUGUAGUUUAAUCGAAUGAGAGUUUAAGCAUUAGAAUCUAUUUGAUUCAACAUUUUACUCAGCGCAACACAACAUUUCAAAAAUUGUGGUUGUAUCAGGCCAAUACCAUAAUUAUCACAUGAUGAGGUGUAACUUAAUAGUAUUCAUUGGAAAAACAACGGCUGUCAACAGCUCAUUAACCCUUCAAAUUUUCUCAAGGAAAAAUAAGCAACUAACCUGUUCUUUUCCUCAGAAGUACGAGUCACGUCUACUAUAAAAGGGAGUGAGAGACAGCAGGGAUAUGUUCCAACUCUGACCUCCCUCUGCACCACACAAAGACGCAGUCUCUACGAGAAGACAACAAUGACUUCAGGUGAGGCAAAGAUUACUGCACAUUUCAGCACAUUCAAUGAGACAGGAUCAGAUAUUUUUAACUGAAACACAGAAAAAAAGUAACUGGAUUUUUUUUUUAAUUCCCUGAUUUUCACAGGAGAGAUUCCAAUCUCAUUCAAACUGAUCGUUGUCGAAGGUCUGAAGAAUUCCCAACUAAUAUCAAAAACAUUCACUGUGCCAACAAUAGCCGGGAAGACCCUCUUUCAGUCUAUGUCGUAUUUGGAGCAAGGCCCUGAAAAAUUUACGUAAGUGAUGUAAUGAAACUUCAUUUGUUUACUCUUUUAACUCAAUCAAUAAAUCAGCCAGGUGAACGGAUCUUAGGGUCAGGAUGUUUUUAUUACACUUCCACCCAGAGUAAGUUAAGUCUGUUAAGAAAUACAACAAUUUUACAGCCUGCCUAACUGUUUGUUUCUGCAGUUUCCGGACCAAGAGAGCCCCCAACAUUGGCCACUACAUUGUGGAAGCGAGGAACAUGAAGAAUGAACGCCACCAGUUCUGGGAAACUCUUCUGUGCAGCCCCUCAGAGGGCAUCAUGCCCAUCGGUAAGUAAAGAUACACACUUUCUUCUAGGAGGUGCCCCAGCUCUGUUUGUAAUAAUGUGUAGCUUUCAUAUGAAAAUGAACAGGAGUCAAUGGCAGCUUGUAUGGCACAAUGGCACAGUGAGGAGAUGGCAUCUGAUUUGGAAAAAAUUUCACUCAAUUUUUCAUGAUUAACACGGCAAAAUGAGAUUUUCAGCACCAAGACUCGAAGUUUAGUGCCUAUGAAAAAGUCCACCUUCAGAACUCAGCUGGUAAAGAUGGACAGUGUUAGCCAAAAGAAGGACAUUUAUUUAGAUGGUUUACUUUCUACAUCAUGUUUUGCACUGACGGCUGGUACUGCAGCAGGAUUAGACUUCAGAUUCUACAACCAGAGCUUUGCACAGUAAAAGAGCAAACAUUUUCUUGACUCAUAUUUUUUUUAAUCCGUGUCAUGAUGAAAUGUUUGGCACGUUGCGUCUUUUUUACCCCUGUGUUUAUUUCCUUCCCCAGAUCUCGAGUACAAGGUUAAAAGCGGUGACAUUGUGUACCUGCAGUUCACUCCCAUCCUGCAUAAUUGGUGGGAGUGACCCUGCUGAAUGCAUCCUCUUCAAAUUACUCUGUCGCCCUUCUUUCAGUUUCAAUACAAAAUAAACAUCUUUUCUGUCCUCUCCAAUGCUGUUUGAAUGAGAUAAAACUGGAAUUUGAGGUGCAACAAGAAAAAGAAAUAAAGAAUGAGAAAACCAUUUUCAGUCUCAGUUUUUUUUCCUUAUUUAUUGCAUGACUGUGUUCUUCCUUCUCUACUUACCACACAUACAAGCUAUAAGCACAAGCAAUGUUCAUUAAAUGCUCACAAUUGGUCCUCCUCUUAUGGCUUAUGUGAGUUUUUUUCAUUUCUCUCCUUUUCUGAUUAAUAAGCCUAAAAACUCAACUAUAGUCCAUUUUUUAAAUAUUGAUAUGAAAAUCCAGAUGUCAUUUUCAGCUGUCAUUUUUAACAUGUACACAGAAUUGAGCUUACGAUUAGCUCCUGAAGACCACAAAAGUCAUUUCAGCUUACAGUACAUCCCUUGAGUUUAUCGCCAUCCCUACCAGCUGACAGCUCAGUUCAUUGACUUAUAAGCAUCCAAUUGGCAAAUGUCAAAACAAGAUGAUAAUAAAUGCCUUUUUAUUAGUCUCCUUGAAGUCUACCUUUACACAAGUGUUGCGUUUAAGAAAUCAACACAAUCCCUUUGUGAAUGUUGCUACCAAUUGUGUUCCUCCAGUACCUUAAUACACCACAGGGUGGCUCCUAAGAUACACAAGCUGCAAGAGUUACAUGGUCAUUUUUGGUGAACUGAUAAUGUAGGCACUUUACAGCAUGAGUGGAGCAGAAAUGUUUCCAAUGUGCUCAUUUUUCUUGUACUUGCUGGAGCAUUUUCACUGCAAAAAGAUCCUCUGGUAUGGUCAAACUUUCAGGUUAUUGGUCAAACUUUUCCUCAGCCCCUGGAACAUUUAGUGGAUUUUUCUAUGAACAAAAGCUUUUGAUUAUAAUCUCAUAAAAACAUGUUUUUGGAAGUGGACCUGAUGUAGACGGGAUAACAAGGGUCAAAAUCAGGAAUUUAAAGUCACAUUGGUCACUGUGGAUAACUUAAUCUGAAAUAGACAUUUCUGUAAAAAGGUGCAACAACAGAUGCACAGACAUUUAUUUGCUAACAUGAAUGAACAUAUUCCAAAUAGUUCCUUGUUUUUUUUUCAUUAGUUUGUUUGAGCUUUUUCUUGGAAGUAUCUGAAAGUUUGCAAAGGCUCCUUUUUUUCCUUUGUUUGAUUCCAAUGUAUAGCCAAUCAGGUCCAAGCCCUUCACCUCUCAGCCUGCAAAGAUAUCCUCUCAAACAGCAUCCUAAGAUCAGCGACUUGACUCUUUUUUUCUACAUCUCAAUUGUCUGUGACUCCAGCUUCCUUUCCAAGUUACUGAAUUAUAGACCAACUGAAUCAUGAAAGUAACUCAGACCCUUGAAACUGCAACUUGUGCUUCACUUUUUUCUUUAGUAGCCUGCACUUCUUAGAUAAUCUAUGGUACAUUGUGAUGACCCUGGACCAGUUCAGUCCAGCUGUUAGGUACAUUAUGAAGGCCUACCUCACAGCUGGACUGGUCUGUUGCUCUGUACAGGCAGCAAAUCUACUGGUUGAUACAGCAAGUCUUCAACAGCAUACGGAGUGCUCAUGUAGUAUGCUGCCUCAGGGUAAUAAUGAAGUCUUACACAGAUUCAGUCAGCAAUUCAUAGGAUGAUGACUACUGCAUGUACACACUUUACAUACAUGUAUACUUAAUACAGACACACACACACAUAUAAUCACGUGUGUGCCACACACAAAUCUAAUAUGCACACACUGGUGAGUCACUGUACUUUUCUAGCGAAUUUUGAAAGUGAGUUUCUAUUGAAGUGAGUUGACCUUUGUGAAGUUGGCUUUGGGUGUGUUUCCAGUUCAUUGUCUUGGCAAAGUUGUCCUCGUGCAGCAGGGUGUUAGGACAUGUUAUCAUGAAGAUAGAAGCCAAUAAUGAAAAAAAACAAAUUCACGUUUGAGUUCUUACACAGAGUCAUAAUGAUAGUUCAGAUGACACUUCAGAUGUCUGGGUCAGCAAAUGAGGUGUUAUGUCCUGCUAAGAUUGGUCAGUUAAGUCUUGAGGUAAAAUAGUGUCUACACUCUCUGCCCUGUCAGAGAAUUUUGAUCAGAAGUUCAUCUUUAGACUGGAGUCUCUCAUUGGUUAAAUCUUGAGUUAAAGAUGUUCUUAGGUUGUGUAGUACAGCAGCCAGCUCUGCAGCUUAACUUCUGUCUAACAACUGGGACAUCAUUUCCGUGUAAUUUAUUAUGUCAAACAUGUAAGACUAUAUCUGAAUUUCUUUAUUUUCAUAAACAAAACCUCAACUCCAAAAUAUGUUGUGAUGCUGUUUUAGAAUGUUCAAUGCUUUUGCAUAAGAAUGCAAUCCCAGCUUGGCACCCACUGAAAACAAUCAAACUGUCUAGCAGCUGAAAUCCUUCAUCAGAAAAGAAAGAGACAACGUGUUUAGGACUCCCAAAACUGUCCUCCUCUGUUUCCAAACAUUCACCACAUUGUUUAAGGAAGAGGAAACAACAAUGGCAGACAUACCCCUGUCCCAACUUCUUCAAAACCUGCAGUGGGCAUCAAAUUUAAAAUACACAUUUUUCAGAAGACAGUAAAUUUUUCUGUUUUUAAUGCUCACAUGUAGUUUAAUCGAAUGAGAGUUUAAGCAUUAGAAUCUAUUUGAUUCAACAUUUUACUCAGCGCAACACAACAUUUCAAAAAUUGUGGUUGUAUCAGGCCAAUACCAUAAUUAUCACAUGAUGAGGUGUAACUUAAUAGUAUUCAUUGGAAAAACAACGGCUGUCAACAGCUCAUUAACCCUUCAAAUUUUCUCAAGGAAAAAUAAGCAACUAACCUGUUCUUUUCCUCAGAAGUACGAGUCACGUCUACUAUAAAAGGGAGUGAGAGACAGCAGGGAUAUGUUCCAACUCUGACCUCCCUCUGCACCACACAAAGACGCAGUCUCUACGAGAAGACAACAAUGACUUCAGGUGAGGCAAAGAUUACUGCACAUUUCAGCACAUUCAAUGAGACAGGAUCAGAUAUUUUUAACUGAAACACAGAAAAAAAGUAACUGGAUUUUUUUUUUAAUUCCCUGAUUUUCACAGGAGAGAUUCCAAUCUCAUUCAAACUGAUCGUUGUCGAAGGUCUGAAGAAUUCCCAACUAAUAUCAAAAACAUUCACUGUGCCAACAAUAGCCGGGAAGACCCUCUUUCAGUCUAUGUCGUAUUUGGAGCAAGGCCCUGAAAAAUUUACGUAAGUGAUGUAAUGAAACUUCAUUUGUUUACUCUUUUAACUCAAUCAAUAAAUCAGCCAGGUGAACGGAUCUUAGGGUCAGGAUGUUUUUAUUACACUUCCACCCAGAGUAAGUUAAGUCUGUUAAGAAAUACAACAAUUUUACAGCCUGCCUAACUGUUUGUUUCUGCAGUUUCCGGACCAAGAGAGCCCCCAACAUUGGCCACUACAUUGUGGAAGCGAGGAACAUGAAGAAUGAACGCCACCAGUUCUGGGAAACUCUUCUGUGCAGCCCCUCAGAGGGCAUCAUGCCCAUCGGUAAGUAAAGAUACACACUUUCUUCUAGGAGGUGCCCCAGCUCUGUUUGUAAUAAUGUGUAGCUUUCAUAUGAAAAUGAACAGGAGUCAAUGGCAGCUUGUAUGGCACAAUGGCACAGUGAGGAGAUGGCAUCUGAUUUGGAAAAAAUUUCACUCAAUUUUUCAUGAUUAACACGGCAAAAUGAGAUUUUCAGCACCAAGACUCGAAGUUUAGUGCCUAUGAAAAAGUCCAACUUCAGAACUCAGCUGGUAAAGAUGGACAGUGUUAGCCAAAAGAAGGACAUUUAUUUAGAUGGUUUACUUUCUACAUCAUGUUUUGCACUGACGGCUGGUACUGCAGCAGGAUUAGACUUCAGAUUCUACAACCAGAGCUUUGCACAGUAAAAGAGCAAAAAUUUUCUUGACUCAUAUUUUUUUUAAUCCGUGUCAUGAUGAAAUGUUUGGCACGUUGCGUCUUUUUUACCCCUGUGUUUAUUUCCUUCCCCAGAUCUCGAGUACAAGGUUAAAAGCGGUGACAUUGUGUACCUGCAGUUCACUCCCAUCCUGCAUAAUUGGUGGGAGUGACCCUGCUGAAUGCAUCCUCUUCAAAUUACUCUGUCGCCCUUCUUUCAGUUUCAAUACAAAAUAAACAUCUUUUCUGUCCUCUCCAAUGCUGUUUGAAUGAGAUAAAACUGGAAUUUGAGGUGCAACAAGAAAAAGAAAUAAAGAAUGAGAAAACCAUUUUCAGUCUCAGUUUUUUUUCCUUAUUUAUUGCAUGACUGUGUUCUUCCUUCUCUACUUACCACACAUACAAGCUAUAAGCACAAGCAAUGUUCAUUAAAUGCUCACAAUUGGUCCUCCUCUUAUGGCUUAUGUGAGUUUUUUUCAUUUCUCUCCUUUUCUGAUUAAUAAGCCUAAAAACUCAACUAUAGUCCAUUUUUUAAAUAUUGAUAUGAAAAUCCAGAUGUCAUUUUCAGCUGUCAUUUUUAACAUGUACACAGAAUUGAGCUUACGAUUAGCUCCUGAAGACCACAAAAGUCAUUUCAGCUUACAGUACAUCCCUUGAGUUUAUCGCCAUCCCUACCAGCUGACAGCUCAGUUCAUUGACUUAUAAGCAUCCAAUUGGCAAAUGUCAAAACAAGAUGAUAAUAAAUGCCUUUUUAUUAGUCUCCUUAAGUCUACCUUUACACAAGUGUAGCGUUUAAGAAAUCAACACAAUCCCUUUGUGAAUGUUGCUACCAAUUGUGUUCCUCCAGUACCUUAAUACACCACAGGGUGGCUCCUAAGAUACACAAGCUGCAAGAGUUACAUGGUCAUUUUUGGUGAACUGAUAAUGUAGGCACUUUACAGCAUGAGUGGAGCAGAAAUGUUUCCAAUGUGCUCAUUUUUCUUGUACUUGCUGGAGCAUUUUCACUGCAAAAAGAUCCUCUGGUAUGGUCAAACUUUCAGGUUAUUGGUCAAACUUUUCCUCAGCCCCUGGAACAUUUAGUGGAUUUUUCUAUGAACAAAAGCUUUUGAUUAUAAUCUCAUAAAAACAUGUUUUUGGAAGUGGACCUGAUGUAGACGGGAUAACAAGGGUCAAAAUCAGGAAUUUAAAGUCACAUUGGUCACUGUGGAUAACUUAAUCUGAAAUAGACAUUUCUGUAAAAAGGUGCAACAACAGAUGCACAGACAUUUAUUUGCUAACAUGAAUGAACAUAUUCCAAAUAGUUCCUUGUUUUUUUUUCAUUAGUUUGUUUGAGCUUUUUCUUGGAAGUAUCUGAAAGUUUGCAAAGGCUCCUUUUUUUCCUUUGUUUGAUUCCAAUGUAUAGCCAAUCAGGUCCAAGCCCUUCACCUCUCAGCCUGCAAAGAUAUCCUCUCAAACAGCAUCCUAAGAUCAGCGACUUGACUCUUUUUUUCUACAUCUCAAUUGUCUGUGACUCCAGCUUCCUUUCCAAGUUACUGAAUUAUAGACCAACUGAAUCAUGAAAGUAACUCAGACCCUUGAAACUGCAACUUGUGCUUCACUUUUUUCUUUAGUAGCCUGCACUUCUUAGAUAAUCUAUGGUACAUUGUGAUGACCCUGGACCAGUUCAGUCCAGCUGUUAGGUACAUUAUGAAGGCCUACCUCACAGCUGGACUGGUCUGUUGCUCUGUACAGGCAGCAAAUCUACUGGUUGAUACAGCAAGUCUUCAACAGCAUACGGAGUGCUCAUGUAGUAUGCUGCCUCAGGGUAAUAAUGAAGUCUUACACAGAUUCAGUCAGCAAUUCAUAGGAUGAUGACUACUGCAUGUACACACUUUACAUACAUGUAUACUUAAUACAGACACACACACACAUAUAAUCACGUGUGUGCCACACACAAAUCUAAUAUGCACACACUGGUGAGUCACUGUACUUUUCUAGCGAAUUUUGAAAGUGAGUUUCUAUUGAAGUGAGUUGACCUUUGUGAAGUUGGCUUUGGGUGUGUUUCCAGUUCAUUGUCUUGGCAAAGUUGUCCUCGUGCAGCAGGGUGUUAGGACAUGUUAUCAUGAAGAUAGAAGCCAAUAAUGAAAAAAAACAAAUUCACGUUUGAGUUCUUACACAGAGUCAUAAUGAUAGUUCAGAUGACACUUCAGAUGUCUGGGUCAGCAAAUGAGGUGUUAUGUCCUGCUAAGAUUGGUCAGUUAAGUCUUGAGGUAAAAUAGUGUCUACACUCUCUGCCCUGUCAGAGAAUUUUGAUCAGAAGUUCAUCUUUAGACUGGAGUCUCUCAUUGGUUAAAUCUUGAGUUAAAGAUGUUCUUAGGUUGUGUAGUACAGCAGCCAGCUCUGCAGCUUAACUUCUGUCUAACAACUGGGACAUCAUUUCCGUGUAAUUUAUUAUGUCAAACAUGUAAGACUAUAUCUGAAUUUCUUUAUUUUCAUAAACAAAACCUCAACUCCAAAAUAUGUUGUGAUGCUGUUUUAGAAUGUUCAAUGCUUUUGCAUAAGAAUGCAAUCCCAGCUUGGCACCCACUGAAAACAAUCAAACUGUCUAGCAGCUGAAAUCCUUCAUCAGAAAAGAAAGAGACAACGUGUUUAGGACUCCCAAAACUGUCCUCCUCUGUUUCCAAACAUUCACCACAUUGUUUAAGGAAGAGGAAACAACAAUGGCAGACAUACCCCUGUCCCAACUUCUUCAAAACCUGCAGUGGGCAUCAAAUUUAAAAUACACAUUUUUCAGAAGACAGUAAAUUUUUCUGUUUUUAAUGCUCACAUGUAGUUUAAUCGAAUGAGAGUUUAAGCAUUAGAAUCUAUUUGAUUCAACAUUUUACUCAGCGCAACACAACAUUUCAAAAAUUGUGGUUGUAUCAGGCCAAUACCAUAAUUAUCACAUGAUGAGGUGUAACUUAAUAGUAUUCAUUGGAAAAACAACGGCUGUCAACAGCUCAUUAACCCUUCAAAUUUUCUCAAGGAAAAAUAAGCAACUAACCUGUUCUUUUCCUCAGAAGUACGAGUCACGUCUACUAUAAAAGGGAGUGAGAGACAGCAGGGAUAUGUUCCAACUCUGACCUCCCUCUGCACCACACAAAGACGCAGUCUCUACGAGAAGACAACAAUGACUUCAGGUGAGGCAAAGAUUACUGCACAUUUCAGCACAUUCAAUGAGACAGGAUCAGAUAUUUUUAACUGAAACACAGAAAAAAAGUAACUGGAUUUUUUUUUUAAUUCCCUGAUUUUCACAGGAGAGAUUCCAAUCUCAUUCAAACUGAUCGUUGUCGAAGGUCUGAAGAAUUCCCAACUAAUAUCAAAAACAUUCACUGUGCCAACAAUAGCCGGGAAGACCCUCUUUCAGUCUAUGUCGUAUUUGGAGCAAGGCCCUGAAAAAUUUACGUAAGUGAUGUAAUGAAACUUCAUUUGUUUACUCUUUUAACUCAAUCAAUAAAUCAGCCAGGUGAACGGAUCUUAGGGUCAGGAUGUUUUUAUUACACUUCCACCCAGAGUAAGUUAAGUCUGUUAAGAAAUACAACAAUUUUACAGCCUGCCUAACUGUUUGUUUCUGCAGUUUCCGGACCAAGAGAGCCCCCAACAUUGGCCACUACAUUGUGGAAGCGAGGAACAUGAAGAAUGAACGCCACCAGUUCUGGGAAACUCUUCUGUGCAGCCCCUCAGAGGGCAUCAUGCCCAUCGGUAAGUAAAGAUACACACUUUCUUCUAGGAGGUGCCCCAGCUCUGUUUGUAAUAAUGUGUAGCUUUCAUAUGAAAAUGAACAGGAGUCAAUGGCAGCUUGUAUGGCACAAUGGCACAGUGAGGAGAUGGCAUCUGAUUUGGAAAAAAUUUCACUCAAUUUUUCAUGAUUAACACGGCAAAAUGAGAUUUUCAGCACCAAGACUCGAAGUUUAGUGCCUAUGAAAAAGUCCACCUUCAGAACUCAGCUGGUAAAGAUGGACAGUGUUAGCCAAAAGAAGGACUUUUAUUUAGAUGGUUUACUUUCUACAUCAUGUUUUGCACUGACGGCUGGUACUGCAGCAGGAUUAGACUUCAGAUUCUACAACCAGAGCUUUGCACAGUAAAAGAGCAAACAUUUUCUUGACUCAUAUUUUUUUUAAUCCGUGUCAUGAUGAAAUGUUUGGCACGUUGCGUCUUUUUUACCCCUGUGUUUAUUUCCUUCCCCAGAUCUCGAGUACAAGGUUAAAAGCGGUGACAUUGUGUACCUGCAGUUCACUCCCAUCCUGCAUCAUUGGUGGGAGUGACCCUGCUGAAUGCAUCCUCUUCAAAUUACUCUGUCGCCCUUCUUUCAGUUUCAAUACAAAAUAAACAUCUUUUCUGUCCUCUCCAAUGCUGUUUGAAUGAGAUAAAACUGGAAUUUGAGGUGCAACAAGAAAAAGAAAUAAAGAAUGAGAAAACCAUUUUCAGUCUCAGUUUUUUUUCCUUAUUUAUUGCAUGACUGUGUUCUUCCUUCUCUACUUACCACACAUACAAGCUAUAAGCACAAGCGAUGUUCAUUAAAUGCUCACAAUUGGUCCUCCUCUUAUGGCUUAUGUGAGUUUUUUUCAUUUCUCUCCUUUUCUGAUUAAUAAGCCUAAAAACUCAACUAUAGUCCAUUUUUUAAAUAUUGAUAUGAAAAUCCAGAUGUCAUUUUCAGCUGUCAUUUUUAACAUGUACACAGAAUUGAGCUUACGAUUAGCUCCUGAAGACCACAAAAGUCAUUUCAGCUUACAGUACAUCCCUUGAGUUUAUCGCCAUCCCUACCAGCUGACAGCUCAGUUCAUUGACUUAUAAGCAUCCAAUUGGCAAAUGUCAAAACAAGAUGAUAAUAAAUGCAUUUUUAUUAGUCUCUUGAAGUCUACCUUUACACAAGUGUUGCAUUUAAGAAAUCUACACAAUCCCUUUGUGAAUGUUGCUACAAAUUGUGUUCCUCCAGUACCUUAAUACACCACAGGGUGGCUCCUAAGAUACACAAGCUGCAAGAGUUACAUGGUCAUUUUUGGUGAACUGAUAAUGUAGGCACUUUACAGCAUGAGUGGAGCAGAAAUGUUUCCAAUGUGCUCAUUUUUCUUGUACUUGCUGGAGCAUUUUCAUGCAAAAAGAUCCUCUGGUAUGGUCAAACUUUCAGGUUAUUGGUCAAACUUUUCCUCAGCCCCUGGAACAUUUAGUGGAUUUUUCUAUGAACAAAAGCUUUUGAUUAUAAUCUCAUAAAAACAUGUUUUUGGAAGUGGACCUGAUGUAGACGGGAUAACAAGGGUCAAAAUCAGGAAUUUAAAGUCACAUUGGUCACUGUGGAUAACUUAAUCUGAAAUAGACAUUUCUGUAAAAAGGUGCAACAACAGAUGCACAGACAUUUAUUUGCUAACAUGAAUGAACAUAUUCCAAAUAGUUCCUUGUUUUUUUUUCAUUAGUUUGUUUGAGCUUUUUCUUGGAAGUAUCUGAAAGUUUGCAAAGGCUCCUUUUUUUCCUUUGUUUGAUUCCAAUGUAUAGCCAAUCAGGUCCAAGCCCUUCACCUCUCAGCCUGCAAAGAUAUCCUCUCAAACAGCAUCCUAAGAUCAGCGACUUGACUCUUUUUUUCUACAUCUCAAUUGUCUGUGACUCCAGCUUCCUUUCCAAGUUACUGAAUUAUAGACCAACUGAAUCAUGAAAGUAACUCAGACCCUUGAAACUGCAACUUGUGCUUCACUUUUUUCUUUAGUAGCCUGCACUUCUUAGAUAAUCUAUGGUACAUUGUGAUGACCCUGGACCAGUUCAGUCCAGCUGUUAGGUACAUUAUGAAGGCCUACCUCACAGCUGGACUGGUCUGUUGCUCUGUACAGGCAGCAAAUCUACUGGUUGAUACAGCAAGUCUUCAACAGCAUACGGAGUGCUCAUGUAGUAUGCUGCCUCAGGGUAAUAAUGAAGUCUUACACAGAUUCAGUCAGCAAUUCAUAGGAUGAUGACUACUGCAUGUACACACUUUACAUACAUGUAUACUUAAUACAGACACACACACACAUAUAAUCACGUGUGUGCCACACACAAAUCUAAUAUGCACACACUGGUGAGUCACUGUACUUUUCUAGCGAAUUUUGAAAGUGAGUUUCUAUUGAAGUGAGUUGACCUUUGUGAAGUUGGCUUUGGGUGUGUUUCCAGUUCAUUGUCUUGGCAAAGUUGUCCUCGUGCAGCAGGGUGUUAGGACAUGUUAUCAUGAAGAUAGAAGCCAAUAAUGAAAAAAAACAAAUUCACGUUUGAGUUCUUACACAGAGUCAUAAUGAUAGUUCAGAUGACACUUCAGAUGUCUGGGUCAGCAAAUGAGGUGUUAUGUCCUGCUAAGAUUGGUCAGUUAAGUCUUGAGGUAAAAUAGUGUCUACACUCUCUGCCCUGUCAGAGAAUUUUGAUCAGAAGUUCAUCUUUAGACUGGAGUCUCUCAUUGGUUAAAUCUUGAGUUAAAGAUGUUCUUAGGUUGUGUAGUACAGCAGCCAGCUCUGCAGCUUAACUUCUGUCUAACAACUGGGACAUAAUUUCCGUGUAAUUUAUUAUGUCAAACAUGUAAGACUAUAUCUGAAUUUCUUUAUUUUCAUAAACAAAACCUCAACUCCAAAAUAUGUUGUGAUGCUGUUUUAGAAUGUUCAAUGCUUUUGCAUAAGAAUGCAAUCCCAGCUUGGCACCCACUGAAAACAAUCAAACUGUCUAGCAGCUGAAAUCCUUCAUCAGAAAAGAAAGAGACAACGUGUUUAGGACUCCCAAAACUGUCCUCCUCUGUUUCCAAACAUUCACCACAUUGUUUAAGGAAGAGGAAACAACAAUGGCAGACAUACCCCUGUCCCAACUUCUUCAAAACCUGCAGUGGGCAUCAAAUUUAAAAUACACAUUUUUCAGAAGACAGUAAAUUUUUCUGUUUUUAAUGCUCACAUGUAGUUUAAUCGAAUGAGAGUUUAAGCAUUAGAAUCUAUUUGAUUCAACAUUUUACUCAGCGCAACACAACAUUUCAAAAAUUGUGGUUGUAUCAGGCCAAUACCAUAAUUAUCACAUGAUGAGGUGUAACUUAAUAGUAUUCAUUGGAAAAACAACGGCUGUCAACAGCUCAUUAACCCUUCAAAUUUUCUCAAGGAAAAAUAAGCAACUAACCUGUUCUUUUCCUCAGAAGUACGAGUCACGUCUACUAUAAAAGGGAGUGAGAGACAGCAGGGAUAUGUUCCAACUCUGACCUCCCUCUGCACCACACAAAGACGCAGUCUCUACGAGAAGACAACAAUGACUUCAGGUGAGGCAAAGAUUACUGCACAUUUCAGCACAUUCAAUGAGACAGGAUCAGAUAUUUUUAACUGAAACACAGAAAAAAAGUAACUGGAUUUUUUUUUUAAUUCCCUGAUUUUCACAGGAGAGAUUCCAAUCUCAUUCAAACUGAUCGUUGUCGAAGGUCUGAAGAAUUCCCAACUAAUAUCAAAAACAUUCACUGUGCCAACAAUAGCCGGGAAGACCCUCUUUCAGUCUAUGUCGUAUUUGGAGCAAGGCCCUGAAAAAUUUACGUAAGUGAUGUAAUGAAACUUCAUUUGUUUACUCUUUUAACUCAAUCAAUAAAUCAGCCAGGUGAACGGAUCUUAGGGUCAGGAUGUUUUUAUUACACUUCCACCCAGAGUAAGUUAAGUCUGUUAAGAAAUACAACAAUUUUACAGCCUGCCUAACUGUUUGUUUCUGCAGUUUCCGGACCAAGAGAGCCCCCAACAUUGGCCACUACAUUGUGGAAGCGAGGAACAUGAAGAAUGAACGCCACCAGUUCUGGGAAACUCUUCUGUGCAGCCCCUCAGAGGGCAUCAUGCCCAUCGGUAAGUAAAGAUACACACUUUCUUCUAGGAGGUGCCCCAGCUCUGUUUGUAAUAAUGUGUAGCUUUCAUAUGAAAAUGAACAGGAGUCAAUGGCAGCUUGUAUGGCACAAUGGCACAGUGAGGAGAUGGCAUCUGAUUUGGAAAAAAUUUCACUCAAUUUUUCAUGAUUAACACGGCAAAAUGAGAUUUUCAGCACCAAGACUCGAAGUUUAGUGCCUAUGAAAAAGUCCACCUUCAGAACUCAGCUGGUAAAGAUGGACAGUGUUAGCCAAAAGAAGGACUUUUAUUUAGAUGGUUUACUUUCUACAUCAUGUUUUGCACUGACGGCUGGUACUGCAGCAGGAUUAGACUUCAGAUUCUACAACCAGAGCUUUGCACAGUAAAAGAGCAAACAUUUUCUUGACUCAUAUUUUUUUUAAUCCGUGUCAUGAUGAAAUGUUUGGCACGUUGCGUCUUUUUUACCCCUGUGUUUAUUUCCUUCCCCAGAUCUCGAGUACAAGGUUAAAAGCGGUGACAUUGUGUACCUGCAGUUCACUCCCAUCCUGCAUAAUUGGUGGGAGUGACCCUGCUGAAUGCAUCCUCUUCAAAUUACUCUGUCGCCCUUCUUUCAGUUUCAAUACAAAAUAAACAUCUUUUCUGUCCUCUCCAAUGCUGUUUGAAUGAGAUAAAACUGGAAUUUGAGGUGCAACAAGAAAAAGAAAUAAAGAAUGAGAAAACCAUUUUCAGUCUCAGUUUUUUUUCCUUAUUUAUUGCAUGACUGUGUUCUUCCUUCUCUACUUACCACACAUACAAGCUAUAAGCACAAGCAAUGUUCAUUAAAUGCUCACAAUUGGUCCUCCUCUUAUGGCUUAUGUGAGUUUUUUUCAUUUCUCUCCUUUUCUGAUUAAUAAGCCUAAAAACUCAACUAUAGUCCAUUUUUUAAAUAUUGAUAUGAAAAUCCAGAUGUCAUUUUCAGCUGUCAUUUUUAACAUGUACACAGAAUUGAGCUUACGAUUAGCUCCUGAAGACCACAAAAGUCAUUUCAGCUUACAGUACAUCCCUUGAGUUUAUCGCCAUCCCUACCAGCUGACAGCUCAGUUCAUUGACUUAUAAGCAUCCAAUUGGCAAAUGUCAAAACAAGAUGAUAAUAAAUGCCUUUUUAUUAGUCUCCUUAAGUCUACCUUUACACAAGUGUAGCGUUUAAGAAAUCAACACAAUCCCUUUGUGAAUGUUGCUACCAAUUGUGUUCCUCCAGUACCUUAAUACACCACAGGGUGGCUCCUAAGAUACACAAGCUGCAAGAGUUACAUGGUCAUUUUUGGUGAACUGAUAAUGUAGGCACUUUACAGCAUGAGUGGAGCAGAAAUGUUUCCAAUGUGCUCAUUUUUCUUGUACUUGCUGGAGCAUUUUCACUGCAAAAAGAUCCUCUGGUAUGGUCAAACUUUCAGGUUAUUGGUCAAACUUUUCCUCAGCCCCUGGAACAUUUAGUGGAUUUUUCUAUGAACAAAAGCUUUUGAUUAUAAUCUCAUAAAAACAUGUUUUUGGAAGUGGACCUGAUGUAGACGGGAUAACAAGGGUCAAAAUCAGGAAUUUAAAGUCACAUUGGUCACUGUGGAUAACUUAAUCUGAAAUAGACAUUUCUGUAAAAAGGUGCAACAACAGAUGCACAGACAUUUAUUUGCUAACAUGAAUGAACAUAUUCCAAAUAGUUCCUUGUUUUUUUUUCAUUAGUUUGUUUGAGCUUUUUCUUGGAAGUAUCUGAAAGUUUGCAAAGGCUCCUUUUUUUCCUUUGUUUGAUUCCAAUGUAUAGCCAAUCAGGUCCAAGCCCUUCACCUCUCAGCCUGCAAAGAUAUCCUCUCAAACAGCAUCCUAAGAUCAGCGACUUGACUCUUUUUUUCUACAUCUCAAUUGUCUGUGACUCCAGCUUCCUUUCCAAGUUACUGAAUUAUAGACCAACUGAAUCAUGAAAGUAACUCAGACCCUUGAAACUGCAACUUGUGCUUCACUUUUUUCUUUAGUAGCCUGCACUUCUUAGAUAAUCUAUGGUACAUUGUGAUGACCCUGGACCAGUUCAGUCCAGCUGUUAGGUACAUUAUGAAGGCCUACCUCACAGCUGGACUGGUCUGUUGCUCUGUACAGGCAGCAAAUCUACUGGUUGAUACAGCAAGUCUUCAACAGCAUACGGAGUGCUCAUGUAGUAUGCUGCCUCAGGGUAAUAAUGAAGUCUUACACAGAUUCAGUCAGCAAUUCAUAGGAUGAUGACUACUGCAUGUACACACUUUACAUACAUGUAUACUUAAUACAGACACACACACACAUAUAAUCACGUGUGUGCCACACACAAAUCUAAUAUGCACACACUGGUGAGUCACUGUACUUUUCUAGCGAAUUUUGAAAGUGAGUUUCUAUUGAAGUGAGUUGACCUUUGUGAAGUUGGCUUUGGGUGUGUUUCCAGUUCAUUGUCUUGGCAAAGUUGUCCUCGUGCAGCAGGGUGUUAGGACAUGUUAUCAUGAAGAUAGAAGCCAAUAAUGAAAAAAAACAAAUUCACGUUUGAGUUCUUACACAGAGUCAUAAUGAUAGUUCAGAUGACACUUCAGAUGUCUGGGUCAGCAAAUGAGGUGUUAUGUCCUGCUAAGAUUGGUCAGUUAAGUCUUGAGGUAAAAUAGUGUCUACACUCUCUGCCCUGUCAGAGAAUUUUGAUCAGAAGUUCAUCUUUAGACUGGAGUCUCUCAUUGGUUAAAUCUUGAGUUAAAGAUGUUCUUAGGUUGUGUAGUACAGCAGCCAGCUCUGCAGCUUAACUUCUGUCUAACAACUGGGACAUAAUUUCCGUGUAAUUUAUUAUGUCAAACAUGUAAGACUAUAUCUGAAUUUCUUUAUUUUCAUAAACAAAACCUCAACUCCAAAAUAUGUUGUGAUGCUGUUUUAGAAUGUUCAAUGCUUUUGCAUAAGAAUGCAAUCCCAGCUUGGCACCCACUGAAAACAAUCAAACUGUCUAGCAGCUGAAAUCCUUCAUCAGAAAAGAAAGAGACAACGUGUUUAGGACUCCCAAAACUGUCCUCCUCUGUUUCCAAACAUUCACCACAUUGUUUAAGGAAGAGGAAACAACAAUGGCAGACAUACCCCUGUCCCAACUUCUUCAAAACCUGCAGUGGGCAUCAAAUUUAAAAUACACAUUUUUCAGAAGACAGUAAAUUUUUCUGUUUUUAAUGCUCACAUGUAGUUUAAUCGAAUGAGAGUUUAAGCAUUAGAAUCUAUUUGAUUCAACAUUUUACUCAGCGCAACACAACAUUUCAAAAAUUGUGGUUGUAUCAGGCCAAUACCAUAAUUAUCACAUGAUGAGGUGUAACUUAAUAGUAUUCAUUGGAAAAACAACGGCUGUCAACAGCUCAUUAACCCUUCAAAUUUUCUCAAGGAAAAAUAAGCAACUAACCUGUUCUUUUCCUCAGAAGUACGAGUCACGUCUACUAUAAAAGGGAGUGAGAGACAGCAGGGAUAUGUUCCAACUCUGACCUCCCUCUGCACCACACAAAGACGCAGUCUCUACGAGAAGACAACAAUGACUUCAGGUGAGGCAAAGAUUACUGCACAUUUCAGCACAUUCAAUGAGACAGGAUCAGAUAUUUUUAACUGAAACACAGAAAAAAAGUAACUGGAUUUUUUUUUUAAUUCCCUGAUUUUCACAGGAGAGAUUCCAAUCUCAUUCAAACUGAUCGUUGUCGAAGGUCUGAAGAAUUCCCAACUAAUAUCAAAAACAUUCACUGUGCCAACAAUAGCCGGGAAGACCCUCUUUCAGUCUAUGUCGUAUUUGGAGCAAGGCCCUGAAAAAUUUACGUAAGUGAUGUAAUGAAACUUCAUUUGUUUACUCUUUUAACUCAAUCAAUAAAUCAGCCAGGUGAACGGAUCUUAGGGUCAGGAUGUUUUUAUUACACUUCCACCCAGAGUAAGUUAAGUCUGUUAAGAAAUACAACAAUUUUACAGCCUGCCUAACUGUUUGUUUCUGCAGUUUCCGGACCAAGAGAGCCCCCAACAUUGGCCACUACAUUGUGGAAGCGAGGAACAUGAAGAAUGAACGCCACCAGUUCUGGGAAACUCUUCUGUGCAGCCCCUCAGAGGGCAUCAUGCCCAUCGGUAAGUAAAGAUACACACUUUCUUCUAGGAGGUGCCCCAGCUCUGUUUGUAAUAAUGUGUAGCUUUCAUAUGAAAAUGAACAGGAGUCAAUGGCAGCUUGUAUGGCACAAUGGCACAGUGAGGAGAUGGCAUCUGAUUUGGAAAAAAUUUCACUCAAUUUUUCAUGAUUAACACGGCAAAAUGAGAUUUUCAGCACCAAGACUCGAAGUUUAGUGCCUAUGAAAAAGUCCACCUUCAGAACUCAGCUGGUAAAGAUGGACAGUGUUAGCCAAAAGAAGGACUUUUAUUUAGAUGGUUUACUUUCUACAUCAUGUUUUGCACUGACGGCUGGUACUGCAGCAGGAUUAGACUUCAGAUUCUACAACCAGAGCUUUGCACAGUAAAAGAGCAAACAUUUUCUUGACUCAUAUUUUUUUUAAUCCGUGUCAUGAUGAAAUGUUUGGCACGUUGCGUCUUUUUUACCCCUGUGUUUAUUUCCUUCCCCAGAUCUCGAGUACAAGGUUAAAAGCGGUGACAUUGUGUACCUGCAGUUCACUCCCAUCCUGCAUAAUUGGUGGGAGUGACCCUGCUGAAUGCAUCCUCUUCAAAUUACUCUGUCGCCCUUCUUUCAGUUUCAAUACAAAAUAAACAUCUUUUCUGUCCUCUCCAAUGCUGUUUGAAUGAGAUAAAACUGGAAUUUGAGGUGCAACAAGAAAAAGAAAUAAAGAAUGAGAAAACCAUUUUCAGUCUCAGUUUUUUUUCCUUAUUUAUUGCAUGACUGUGUUCUUCCUUCUCUACUUACCACACAUACAAGCUAUAAGCACAAGCAAUGUUCAUUAAAUGCUCACAAUUGGUCCUCCUCUUAUGGCUUAUGUGAGUUUUUUUCAUUUCUCUCCUUUUCUGAUUAAUAAGCCUAAAAACUCAACUAUAGUCCAUUUUUUAAAUAUUGAUAUGAAAAUCCAGAUGUCAUUUUCAGCUGUCAUUUUUAACAUGUACACAGAAUUGAGCUUACGAUUAGCUCCUGAAGACCACAAAAGUCAUUUCAGCUUACAGUACAUCCCUUGAGUUUAUCGCCAUCCCUACCAGCUGACAGCUCAGUUCAUUGACUUACAAGCAUCCAAUUGGCAAAUGUCAAAACAAGAUGAUAAUAAAUGCCUUUUUAUUAGUCUCUUGAAGUCUACCUUUACACAAGUGUUGCAUUUAAGAAAUCUACACAAUCCCUUUGUGAAUGUUGCUACCAAUUGUGUUCCUCCAGUACCUUAAUACACCACAGGGUGGCUCCUAAGAUACACAAGCUGCAAGAGUUACAUGGUCAUUUUUGGUGAACUGAUAAUGUAGGCACUUUACAGCAUGAGUGGAGCAGAAAUGUUUCCAAUGUGCUCAUUUUUAUUGUACUUGCUGGAGCAUUUUCACUGCAAAAAGAUCCUCUGGUAUGGUCAAACUUUCAGGUUAUUGGUCAAACUUUUCCUCAGCCCCUGGAACAUUUAGUGGAUUUUUCUAUGAACAAAAGCUUUUGAUUAUAAUCUCAUAAAAACAUGUUUUUGGAAGUGGACCUGAUGUAGACGGGAUAACAAGGGUCAAAAUCAGGAAUUUAAAGUCACAUUGGUCACUGUGGAUAACUUAAUCUGAAAUAGACAUUUCUGUAAAAAGGUGCAACAACAGAUGCACAGACAUUUAUUUGCUAACUUGAAUGAACAUAUUCCAAAUAGUUCCUUGUUUUUUUUUCAUUAGUUUGUUUGAGCUUUUUCUUGGAAGUAUCUGAAAGUUUGCAAAGGCUCCUUUUUUUCCUUUGUUUGAUUCCAUUGUAUAGCCAAUCAGGUCCAAGCCCUUCACCUCUCAGCCUGCAAAGAUAUCCUCUCAAACAGCAUCCUAAGAUCAGCGACUUGACUCUUUUUUUCUACAUCUCAAUUGUCUGUGACUCCAGCCUCCUUUCCAAGUUACUGAAUUAUAGACCAACUGAAUCAUGAAAGUAACUCAGACCCUUGAAACUGCAACUUGUGCUUCACUUUUUUCUUUAGUAGCCUGCACUUCUUAGAUAAUCUAUGGUACAUUGUGAUGACCCUGGACCAGUUCAGUCCAGCUGUUAGGUACAUUAUGAAGGCCUACCUCACAGCUGGACUGGUCUGUUGCUCUGUACAGGCAGCAAAUCUACUGGUUGAUACAGCAAGUCUUCAACAGCAUACGGAGUGCUCAUGUAGUAUGCUGCCUCAGGGUAAUAAUGAAGUCUUACACAGAUUCAGUCAGCAAUUCAUAGGAUGAUGACUACUGCAUGUACACACUUUACAUACAUGUAUACUUAAUACAGACACACACACACAUAUAAUCACGUGUGUGCCACACACAAAUCUAAUAUGCACACACUGGUGAGUCACUGUACUUUUCUAGCGAAUUUUGAACGUGAGUUUCUAUUGAAGUGAGUUGACCUUUGUGAAGUUGGCUUUGGGUGUGUUUCCAGUUCAUUGUCUUGGCAAAGUUGUCCUCGUGCAGCAGGGUGUUAGGACAUGUUAUCAUGAAGAUAGAAGCCAAUAAUGAAAAAAAACAAAUUCACGUUUGAGUUCUUACACAGAGUCAUAAUGAUAGUUCAGAUGACACUUCAGAUGUCUGGGUCAGCAAAUGAGGUGUUAUGUCCUGCUAAGAUUGGUCAGUUAAGUCUUGAGGUAAAAUAGUGUCUACACUCUCUGCCCUGUCAGAGAAUUUUGAUCAGAAGUUCAUCUUUAGACUGGAGUCUCUCAUUGGUUAAAUCUUGAGUUAAAGAUGUUCUUAGGUUGUGUAGUACAGCAGCCAGCUCUGCAGCUUAACUUCUGUCUAACAACUGGGACAUAAUUUCCGUGUAAUUUAUUAUGUCAAACAUGUAAGACUAUAUCUGAAUUUCUUUAUUUUCAUAAACAAAACCUCAACUCCAAAAUAUGUUGUGAUGCUGUUUUAGAAUGUUCAAUGCUUUUGCAUAAGAAUGCAAUCCCAGCUUGGCACCCACUGAAAACAAUCAAACUGUCUAGCAGCUGAAAUCCUUCAUCAGAAAAGAAAGAGACAACGUGUUUAGGACUCCCAAAACUGUCCUCCUCUGUUUCCAAACAUUCACCACAUUGUUUAAGGAAGAGGAAACAACAAUGGCAGACAUACCCCUGUCCCAACUUCUUCAAAACCUGCAGUGGGCAUCAAAUUUAAAAUACACAUUUUUCAGAAGACAGUAAAUUUUUCUGUUUUUAAUGCUCACAUGUAGUUUAAUCGAAUGAGAGUUUAAGCAUUAGAAUCUAUUUGAUUCAACAUUUUACUCAGCGCAACACAACAUUUCAAAAAUUGUGGUUGUAUCAGGCCAAUACCAUAAUUAUCACAUGAUGAGGUGUAACUUAAUAGUAUUCAUUGGAAAAACAACGGCUGUCAACAGCUCAUUAACCCUUCAAAUUUUCUCAAGGAAAAAUAAGCAACUAACCUGUUCUUUUCCUCAGAAGUACGAGUCACGUCUACUAUAAAAGGGAGUGAGAGACAGCAGGGAUAUGUUCCAACUCUGACCUCCCUCUGCACCACACAAAGACGCAGUCUCUACGAGAAGACAACAAUGACUUCAGGUGAGGCAAAGAUUACUGCACAUUUCAGCACAUUCAAUGAGACAGGAUCAGAUAUUUUUAACUGAAACACAGAAAAAAAGUAACUGGAUUUUUUUUUUAAUUCCCUGAUUUUCACAGGAGAGAUUCCAAUCUCAUUCAAACUGAUCGUUGUCGAAGGUCUGAAGAAUUCCCAACUAAUAUCAAAAACAUUCACUGUGCCAACAAUAGCCGGGAAGACCCUCUUUCAGUCUAUGUCGUAUUUGGAGCAAGGCCCUGAAAAAUUUACGUAAGUGAUGUAAUGAAACUUCAUUUGUUUACUCUUUUAACUCAAUCAAUAAAUCAGCCAGGUGAACGGAUCUUAGGGUCAGGAUGUUUUUAUUACACUUCCACCCAGAGUAAGUUAAGUCUGUUAAGAAAUACAACAAUUUUACAGCCUGCCUAACUGUUUGUUUCUGCAGUUUCCGGACCAAGAGAGCCCCCAACAUUGGCCACUACAUUGUGGAAGCGAGGAACAUGAAGAAUGAACGCCACCAGUUCUGGGAAACUCUUCUGUGCAGCCCCUCAGAGGGCAUCAUGCCCAUCGGUAAGUAAAGAUACACACUUUCUUCUAGGAGGUGCCCCAGCUCUGUUUGUAAUAAUGUGUAGCUUUCAUAUGAAAAUGAACAGGAGUCAAUGGCAGCUUGUAUGGCACAAUGGCACAGUGAGGAGAUGGCAUCUGAUUUGGAAAAAAUUUCACUCAAUUUUUCAUGAUUAACACGGCAAAAUGAGAUUUUCAGCACCAAGACUCGAAGUUUAGUGCCUAUGAAAAAGUCCACCUUCAGAACUCAGCUGGUAAAGAUGGACAGUGUUAGCCAAAAGAAGGACAUUUAUUUAGAUGGUUUACUUUCUACAUCAUGUUUUGCACUGACGGCUGGUACUGCAGCAGGAUUAGACUUCAGAUUCUACAACCAGAGCUUUGCACAGUAAAAGAGCAAACAUUUUCUUGACUCAUAUUUUUUUUAAUCCGUGUCAUGAUGAAAUGUUUGGCACGUUGCGUCUUUUUUACCCCUGUGUUUAUUUCCUUCCCCAGAUCUCGAGUACAAGGUUAAAAGCGGUGACAUUGUGUACCUGCAGUUCACUCCCAUCCUGCAUAAUUGGUGGGAGUGA